AAACACACCUGUAUCCUGUCAAGGAAAAGAUGGGAUAAGCCUCUAUGGGCGACGCGGAAGUGACCUGGGGAGGAAGACGUGUGCGGAAGGAGGAAAUCAGGGGGCGGAGCUCCAGGAGGAGGCGGGGCCGGGAAGCCCGGAGCAGAGAGCCAGGAGAUAGGUGAGAGAGGCCACGCCCACCGGCCCUUGACAGCCACGCCCCCUGAGCUCCCAGGGCGCUCCUUCAUCUCUAUUCGAUGCUCAGAAUUCACACGAGACAGUUCUUCAUCAGAACUCCCUGCUUUUCAUGUACACUGUUCUUCAGAAGGGUUUGUCCAGAGGACACAGGCUGGCAUGGCUGAAGCUGUUCAUUACAUCCACCUCCAGAACUUCAGUAAGUCUCUCCUGGAGACUCUGAACGGGCAGCGGCUGGGCGGACAUUUCUGUGAUGUGACCGUGCAUAUCCAGGAGGCCACUCUCCGUGCUCACCGAUGCGUCCUAGCUGCCGGCAGCCCUUUCUUUCACGACAAGCUGCUCCUGGGCUACUCGGAGAUUGAGGUCCCGCCAGUAGUUCCUAGCCAGGUGGUACGCCAGCUUGUGGAGUUCAUGUACAGCGGCUCACUGGUGGUAGCCCAAUCCGAGGCGCUGCAGAUUCUCACAGCUGCCUCCAUCUUACAGAUCAAAACAGUCAUCGAUGAAUGCACCCAGAUCAUCUCCCAGAGCCGCAGCCCCAAGCCCCCCACCGUUCCCCCUCCGGUUGCCCUCUCUCUUCCCCGGGUUCUCCCCACAAAGGCCCAAGAGCAGCCAGCCUCCAAAGAGGUCAUUGGCAGCAUCUCACGCCCUGGUGACCUGGAGGCCACCCACCUCGAACCUCCCAAGAUGCUGUGUGCUUCGGAGGUGCGCUAUAAGCUGCGGGACCUGCUCUCCUCCCAGCAUAGGGAGACCAGGGCAGGCACAUGUGAGGGGGGCAUCAGUGAUGGAGAAACUGGAGGGGUUUAUCUGCACCCAUCUGAAGCAACACCCAGCUGCCAUAGCCGCAAGCAGCGCCAGCCAGUGAGGCUUCAGCUAUCUGAUGCCAUCCCUGUCAUCAUCAAGGAUGAAGAGGAGGGUGGCAGGGAAGGCAGGGACGGAGUGGUGGCUUCAGCUGCCACUUCAGAACAGGAGGCCAAACUGAGUUGCUUUGCCGAGUGUGCUGGGAGCGCUAACUUCCCUGCUGGAUUUGGUGAAGAGGCAGAUUCAAAGGAUUCUGGGAACACAGGUGGGGUCAGCCGGAAGGAGGGCAUCCAUAUGGAUUAUGCCACUGCUGAAGGCCAGGAUUUCUUUGGGAAUCAGGAUGUUUUUUCGGAGUCCUUUAUCCCAUCCUGGCAGGGAGAGGAAAGCAGCGAAGAGGUUGCGACUUCUGCCACCCGAGAGAGGGAGAAGUUCCACUCAGACUGCAGUUUGGAGGCUUCCAACCUGAGAAGCUUAACAGGGGAGUUCAAGCCAGAUUUGGCAGCUCCCUCCUCUGCAUUCCCACCACGCAGCAAUAGCGGCAGUGGGGGCUUGACCUUUGUCUCCUCACUAGGCAUUCAGCGGGAGCUCAAGGCUGAGGUCAGUGGUGCCAACACAGCCACAAGUACCACCAGUAUCUUCCAGUUUCAUCUGCCCCAGCCUACUGGUGUGGCUCAGAGUUUCUACAGCAUCCAGCAGCAACAGCAGCAGCAGGAGGCAGGUGGCAACAGCAUCGUGCAGCUUGGCCCUAGCAACAUGGGCACGGGUACCUUGCAUGGCGGAGAGCAGCAGAAUCAACAGCCAGGUCCUUCACGGUGCCCUGAGCCUUCCUACCAAUGCAGCCAUUGCCAGAAAACCUUCAGCUCACGGAAAAACUACACCAAGCAUAUGUUCAUCCAUUCUGGUGAGAAGCCCCACCAGUGCAGCAUCUGCUGGCGUUCUUUCUCCCUGCGGGACUACCUGCUCAAGCACAUGGUGACCCACACAGGGGUGCGUGCCUUCCAGUGUUCCAUCUGCUGCAAGCGCUUCACCCAGAAGAGCUCCCUCAACGUACACAUGCGCACCCACCGCCCAGAACGCUUCCAGUGUUGUAUCUGCAACAAGUACUUCUCCCACCGCACCUUACUAGAGCGUCACAUGACUACUCACACUGCCUGGAAAGGUGGGCAGCCUGAGGCCCCAGCAGCCAUGACUGGAGCCACCUCCUCUGCUGACUGGAAGGAGAAGCCAAACAUCACUGCCGCUACACCUGCCAUAGAAGUUACUGUCACCAGCACUGCCGCAGCAUGGAAGACUGGGGAGCCGUCAGCUGAGAGUGCCAUUGUAACUUGGAAAGCUGGGGAUCCGGCACCUGGGGAAGGCAACCUGGUGGGUUGGAAAGGGGAAGCAACUGAAGAAGGGUCGGUUGCAGCCUGGAAGGGGGAUCCAGCUUCAGAGACAUCCAUACAGCCUCAUACAGCAUAGGGCUUUGAGGACCAAGUGGUUGUGGUCAAAGCUGACAAAAUCCCCUUACCACUGCAGCAUGCAAAGAUGAUGUGGCUGUCUGGAGGCUUGCCAUGAAUCAUUUUAUUCAGAGGUCUUUCCAUGCCAGCAUUCUGCAACCUGGAACAUUCUCUUGUCCAGGACUUCUGCUUCUACAGGGCAGCUCUUUUAGGGGCUACUGUGUAGGUGAGGCAAGCAGUAGGUUCAAAUGUGGAGCAUGGUGGUGUCAUGCACCUGGGAUGUAGGAGGUUAUUGUCAGCAGGUGGGGCUGGGGAUCAGGGAUGUCGUUGCAUACAAUGUUUUGUUCCCAAUACUGUCCCUAGCCUCCCUGUAGUUUAUUGGUAGAAUAUGUUCUUUGGUUGGACAAAGCCACAGGUUUUACUGCUGGCCUUUUCUGUUAAAGGAUCCUCAGUUUAGGCUGAACUGAGAUGAAACUUUUCUUGGGACUUUGGAGUGCUUUGGACAGUGCUAGGUUACAUGGAUCCACAGUCUAAUACAGGGGUAGGCAACCCUUUUGAGCCGGGGGCCGGGUUGCUGUCCCUCAGACAACUGGGGGGCCGAAGCCAAAAAAUAAAUAAAUAAUUAAAUAAUUUUUAAAAA